AUGGCAUCUUCACCAACCCUCUCCAAACUCUCCUUGUCUCUUGUGUUCCUCUUCUUCGCAUCACUUUCUUCCUCAAAUGCAACUUCUCGCCUCAUCCAUGUCCGUGCCUACCCUCCACAAUCACGAGCAGAGAGACUCAUAAGAAGCCUUAACCUAUUCCCAAAGGACCAAGUAAACGUUAUUAAAUGUGAUAUUGCUGCUGGUUUCGUCCCAGGAAAGAUCGUGGAGAAGAAGUUCUCGUUUCUUGGUGAUUCUGGACCUUCUAUUGAAGACCUUGGUCACCAUGCAGGCUAUUAUUCACUUCCUAAUUCCAUAGCUGCAAGGAUGUUCUACUUUUUCUUUGAAUCACGGAGCAACAAAGAUGAUCCUGUUGUCCUAUGGUUGACUGGAGGACCAGGGUGUGGAAGUGAAUUGGCUUUGUUUUAUGAGAAUGGCCCUUUUCAUAUUGCCAAUAACUUGUCUCUUAUGUGGAACGAUUAUGGCUGGGACCAGACAUCAAAUAUUUUAUUUGUAGACCAACCCACUGGGACAGGUUUUAGUUAUUCUUAUGAUAAUAGUGACAUUCGUCAUGAUGAAGCGGGCAUUAGUAAUGAUUUAUAUGACUUUUUGCAGGAAUUUUUUAAGGCGCAUCCUGAGUUCGUUAAGAAUGACUUUUAUAUUACUGGAGAAUCAUACGCUGGACACUAUAUUCCAGCUCUUGCAUCGCGGGUUAACCAAGGAAAUAAAAAAAAUCAAGGAAUUCAUAUAAACCUCAAGGGUUUUGCUAUUGGUAAUGGACUAACAAAUCCUAUGAUUCAAUAUCAAGCAUACCCAGAUUUUGCAUUAGACAAAAGAAUAAUUACGAAGGCUGAUUAUGAUAACAUCAGCAAGUCAAUCCCACACUGUGAACAAGCCGCUAAAACAUGCGAAACUCAAGGUGGAAAAAGUUGCGAGACUGCAUUUAAUAUUUGUGAUGGCAUAUUGAGUAGUAUCAUGUCCAUUGCUGGUGACAUCAAUUACUAUGACAUCAGAAAGAAAUGUGUAGGAGAUCUGUGUUAUGACUUUAAAAACGUGGAGACUUUGUUAAACUUGCCGAAAGUGAAGAGAGCUUUAGGCGUGGGAGAUUACUUGAAGUAUGUUUCAUGCAGUGGAAUAGUGUAUGAUGCUAUGGUUCAAGAUUGGAUGAGAAACCUGGAAGUGGGGAUUCCUGCUCUUCUUGAGGAUGGAAUCAAGAUGCUUGUGUAUGCAGGGGAAGAAGAUCUCUUAUGCAAUUGGCUUGGAAAUUUAAGGUGGGUUCAUGCCAUGGAGUGGUCGGGUCAAAAGGCCUUUGGAACAUCUCCUACUGUGAAAUUUGUUGUUGAUGGUGCAAAAGUAGGGUCUGUGAACAACUAUGGACCUCUCUCUUUCAUCAAGGUUCAUGGGGCUGGCCACAUGGUUCCUAUGGAUCAACCAAAAGCUGCACUUCAUAUGUUGAAAAGCUGGAUGGGAGGGAAACUAACCUAAUAAAAGGAGACAAUUAAUGUGUAGGGGUGAUAAUGGAUUAGAUCCGUACCAAAUCAAAUUUAAUCUUGAUUGGAUCAGGUUCAUAUUUUUAAACUCGAAUCAAAUUAACUAUUUAUGUAUUAUUAUUUUUUAUUGAUUAACAUAGUAAAUAUAUAUUGUGUUUAACU